AUGGAAAGGCGUACAAGGCUGCAGAAUUCUAAUACUAUCAACUUAAACGCGGAGGACGUCGAAGCUGUAAUAUCUCAUGGCACACACGAGCAGAUUACGGCUUGUCUGCGUGUACUCCUUGAGAAUAGAGAUACCACUAUCACUGAUAACAAAGACUUGAAUGAUCAAUUAUCAGAUUAUCAAUACCAACUCGAUACCAGUACCCAAGCUUUUGUUCAGUCUCAAUCACAGCUGAAUGAUGCUCUCGCCGAUCAAGCUGCUAUCGAAGAAGAUGCGCUUUCUAGACAAGUUCAACUAGAACUUUUAUCUUCAAAAGUUGAAGCUUUUCAGCGUAAAGAGAAUGAACUGCACAGGUCUCAUCAGAUUCAACUUGAUAAGUUCGAUAACGAUAGAAAGUCUUGGUUUGAAUUGGAGUCUGGCCUUCGAGGUAAAGUUACUUCCCUCAGUGCUAAAAUUCUGGCUGCAAAUAGAAGCGCCAAAUAUGAUGCUACUCCCCCAACUUCCCCUUCUAGUCCUAAUUCUUCCAAUUCCGCUCCUAUUAUCAAGUCUAUGAGUAUUGAGAGUGCUUCAGAGAGGUCUGCUAGAGAGGCUACUCUAGAAAAGCUUCAACACUCACUCGACAUGGAGAAGCAAAGAAGAUCUAUCAUUGAACGCAGCGAGCAUUCCCUAAAGUUUGAGCUAGAUCAAUCAAAGCGCUCCGUUGAAGAACUAAGAUCUGAGAACUCUAGUUACAUGUUGCUUUUACAAGAGCGUACAUUCUCCGGUGACCUCCUCGGCUCAAGUGUGUUCGACACGAUGCGUGACUUUGACGAUACCGGUAUUGCUGUCAUAGCUGAAGAGCCAGAGAAUGACUCUAUUGAUCACAGUGAUGAUGAAAAUAGUGAGCAAUUCACUCCGAAUCGCAGAAGAGCCCGUAGACGCGGUCCUGUUGAUUCACGCAGGAAGCCCCAGCCAAGCCAGUCACCUAAGCCACUCAGUGAAGAGAAUGGUGGUAACAUUGGUGUCACCGGCCCCGGAUAUGAUCUCGCUGCGGAAUUGGGUAGGGCCAAGCUCGAUACAAGCGACAGAGAGGAAACUUUAGAUUCCCUUAAGAAUGACAAUAAAACACUCAAAGAAGCGAACAAGGCGCUGACGACAUAUGUCUCAAAAAUUAUCGAAAAGAUUAUCAAUCAAGAAGGUUUUGAACAUAUUCUUGCAAGUGACUACCGCGAUCCUGAGCAACGUGAAAGUAUCAGAUUGAAGCGUUCUCAAACCAUGUCAUCUAGUGCGGGGAGAUCUAGCUUAGGUGGAGUUUCGGAUACAUUACUCAACUCACGCAAGAAAACUACGGAUAGCAACACUUCGACUGUUCGUACUAGAACUCAUCAUAGGGGAAGUAAUGAUAAGCGGAAAAGUUUGUCCAUAGAUUGGUCAAACAUAGGAGGAUUCUUCAAAGGAAAUCCAAAUCCAAAUGAAAGCACAGCGCAGAAGCUGCCAAAGCAGGAAGAAGAUGAAGAUGACCGUAAAGAAAGGGACAAAGUGCGAGCAACGAUGAAAAAGAUAUCAUCAGAAUCAUUAAAGACUGAUGGUCAGUUCACAAGAUUUGAUAACGAAGGAAGGGCAGAUGUAAGAACAAGAUCAGGCUCCGUUGGUACUGGAGCAUUAGCAAACUGGCGUAAGAAGAGAGCUGAACGUGCCGAACUUGUUUCAAAGAGUUCUGGUAGCGCUUUAACAGACAUGACUAACGGCAGCGCACAGUGA